ACUCUAGAUAUCCAUGUCCAAAAAAGAAGCCCAGUUCCAAAAUUCAGUCUCAAGCAUUCCUCAGCAACUCUCUCUCGUAUGCCAAGCGCUGUGCAAUCAGUCUAUCUACUCAUAGUAGCAAAAGAAUCAAAUCCUGAAACGAUGGAUGAUUCUCAGCAUUUCGUAGAUUUGCAGGAAAAUUCCAAUUUCGGGGACCAUAAAUCAUGGCUGUCCGGCGACGAUAAUUUUUCCCCAGCUCUCCGCCGUGUUCAGUCCCAGCUCUCCGCCCUCACUUCCACACCUGCUUCCAUAACUGGAGCAUCUGGCAAUGUCGAUCGCGUGCUUUUCGACAAUCUCGUUGACUUGUUCCCUCUCGUCGAGUCCCUCAUUCAUCGGAAAGCCAACUGUUCUUUUACACGGCGAGGUUCGAUGAUAUACACGAAGAUGCGGUCCAGAGAAUCUUUAUGCAAUAGGAUAAUUGAUCCAAAAGAAAGGAAUACAAUUCAAUCUAUACCAGCAAAAAAGAAAAGGGAACAAGGAGACAAGCACCCAGGUAAGAAUGCAGGUAAUAAUCAAGAUGCUGAUAACUUUUCCUCAAGGGCUUCGGCUACAGAAAAGGACAUUAAAGAACUUGUCGCAUUGAGGGAACAAGUUGAGGAUCUACAAAGGAAGUUAUUGGAGAAAGAUGGACUUUUAAAAUCAGCAGAAAUUUCAAAGAACCAGAUGAAUGUUGUUCACUCAGAACUUGACGAACUAAAACAGCAGGCUGCAGAGAAGGAUUCCAUAAUUAAGUCUACUCAACUACAACUUUCUGAUGCAAAGAUCAAGCUUGCGGACAAGCAAGCUGCCCUGGAAAAGAUACAGUGGGAGGCAAUGACUUCCAAUAGGAAAGCAGAUGAGCUCCUGGAAGACCUAGAUGCUCUCCAUGGUGGCAUUUCAACAUUCAUGAUGUUAUUUGAAGGCUUGACAAAUAAUGAUUUCACGACAAAUUUUGAAGAUUAUGAUGUCAAACCACACUAUGUAGACAAUCUUCCUGAUAUUGAUGAUUUUGAUGAUGGGGAGAUGCAAAAAAUGGUAGAAGCAAGUCAAGCUUAUGUCGUUGCGGUUGCUGCUGCAAAGGAAAAGCAGGAUGAAGAGUCUCUUGCUGCUGCAGCCAGCGCAAGACUGCGUCUCCAAUCUUUUGUUUUUAGAUCCAGUAGUAUGAAUGCUGCGAAGGGCCGAAGGCCUUGAUUCAUCAUACUUAACGGGAGCACUGAGAAAAGGUAGGAUUUGGGGGCUAAAGUAAGAGUUGAGCAGGAAUUUUAUUGAUUCUUACACUUGCUAAGGUAAAAUUUAUUAUAAUUUGAAUAUAAGAUUCUAGUUCAGAAUCUCAUAUCGUUGUGGAGUGCAUGAGUAGGGUGUAUAUAAGACCAAUAAUUUUGUUAAAAUUAUCAUAGUUUCGACACCACUCUGUCCCUGUGCACUGUUAAUUUGAAUAUAAGAUUGUAGUUCAGGAACCCA